AUGUGGAUCACCCCCCACCCGUUGCUGACUAAAGUAAGGGCACUCUGGGCUGGACAAAGGCGGUGGACGCAGUCACGAAGAAGAUACAAACGACUGAUAAAGACGAGAUUGCAGAAAGAAGCAGAGCAGGUCAAAAUCAGCAUUGCGGAUAAAUGGAAGAGCAGCCACGAAGUGCUAGCUGCAGCGCUGGAGUCUUUGCCGUGGAAACGGAUCCAUGAGAUGGAAGGUGUAACAGCAUACCAGUCGCAGAAUAUAUUAAGGCUCAAACUUAACCGAUUGCGGCUAUGGACGGGCAAAGACAGAGGAUUGGGGUGUUCUGCAACGUCUUGUGCACAGAGAAGCGCGGGGGGGGGACAGCACAUUUAA